ACACGAAUUUACACGAUGGCGGACUUAAAGCGCGAUCUGGACGAGUACCUGCUGUUGCAGGAAAAUCAGAAGAAAAACUUCAAACUAGAGAUGCCCAAAAUGCCGUCCCUGCCUACGCCUGACCUCGUUGGAAAGCUGUUCGGUCGCAACCAGGAACCAGAAGCAAAUAGUUGGCUCAAGGAUACGCAGGACACUUGUUGCCCAAAGCUGUCUCGAAUCCAGCGGAUAGUCGGCUUCGUGACAUGCAUGGGGCUGGGUAUAUUUUGUAUGAUCGUGUCCACUUUCCACAUCCCCGUGCUGAUACUGAAGGCGAGAAAGUUUGCCCUACUGUACACACUCGGCAGUGUGUUUUUCAUCAUGAGCUUUUCCUUCCUGAGCGGCUUUGGAGCAAUGUUCCGGCAGAUGUUCUCUCGGGAACGUGUCGCAAUGUCGAUCAGCUACACAUGCUGCCUAACGGCGACACUAUACUUUGCAAUGGUUGCACAAAGCACCGCAUUUACGGUACUGUUUGCCGUCGCACAGAUCAUUACGCUGUUGUGGAUGAUCCUGGCCGCCAUCCCGGGUGGCAUGAGUGGGGUGAAAUUCUUUGGCAGCAUGUUCCGAAGUUCCGUGUCCAGCUCACUUCCCGUCUAA